ACUAACGACGAGGACUAUGAGGAAAGAGGCAAAGAUGAGGAAGCAAAGAAACCAAAGAAGGAGCAAGAAUCCGGUGGGCUGUUUGGUUUCUGGAAGUCGAAAGAUAAGAAGCCCGAAGUAAUAACUAAAGAAUACCAACCAUCCAGUACGAAGUUUGAGGGUCCACUUGAUGAAAUAGACCGAGAAAAAGACAUCGAAAAACUUCCAUUCAAAGCUCCCCCACCUGUGCCUUAUAAACCUAAAUCACUUAAAAAACGGGAAGAAGAGCAACCACGACAGCCUGCGAAAACACCAUCUCCUGAUAAAACACGCACAACUUCUCGGCCUCCUCAGCUGUUUGGUAGAUGGCGUCAUGAAGGUGACGAAGAGACGAUUGAUAAGGACAAAGUACGAUCUGAAACAUAUGGAAGAUCUGCUGUCCCUUAUAAUGGACCUCUUGAUGAGACUUCUCGGCAGUCUGAGUUGGAACACACUCCAUUGCAAGAACAUGCUCACGCUUAUCACCCUGGACAGUCAUGGAACGAUUCCAGAGGUGGGAAGGCACCUAGUGGCCACGAACAUCAUCCCGGUCCAACUAGGGGAGUACUUCAUCUGGAUGCGUCUCCCGAAAGAGAGACGGAAGAAGAGCGAAAGAUCCGAUUGAUUGCCCGAGUCAAACAUGAAGGUGAUGAUGACCAGGAAGCUACUGGUCACUUGGAUCUACGACCAGCUGGUUUGAGUGAGCAUGAUACGCAUCCAACAAGGACAGGCGUACCUCCCCCUCAAGAACAAGAGCUUCAUCUGAAAUCUUCUCCACCUGAAAAACGACCACCUAGUCUUAUGACCGAUGCCGAAGAAGCUCGCAUUGCUCGUCUCAUUAAUCGGUCGAAGGAUAAAGGAAUAACUCGCAGUUCUGGUAUUACACGAAUGGGAUCAGGAGAACGUAGUUCGACUGAAGGAGACUCCGGUGAUAGAGCUCAGAAAGAAAGCAGUCCCAUCUACCGUAGCUUGAUUAGCGGACGUGAUCCAGCUGACAAAGGAUUCGAUACUGGUCAUACUGUUGGAGAGCGCAGUACUGCUCCCCGAUUACCUGAUCCUCCCCGAAGAGAGUAUACUGGCAGUCUCGCUACCGAAAGAGAGCGCAGUUCUGCUUACCGAAGACCUGAUCCUGUCCCGAGGGACUAUACUGCCAGUUCUCUUACCGACCGAGAUCGUAGUCCUCCUUACCGAAGUAUGGUAGGGGAUGUGACACGAGAAAGUGAAUUUCCGACAAGACAUACAGCUGUAACUGCGACUUUCUGGAAGAGGACUAUCACAACAAAUAGCGGUUCGAACAUUGUAGAGUCAUAUCAAUCAGACUCUAGGAGAUCACCCGGGAGAGAACAAAACUUAGUUCUUGAAACAUCGAGGCCGUCCCAACCCACGGGACGUGCACCGGCUGCAACCGGCAUGCCCUCUGAUCGUGAUCCUCCACCGGAUUACUCAUACCGUCCGGACGACAAAGAUCAACGUCCUGAAGGUGCUGGCACUUCUGCUUAUGGUACACGAGCUAGAUCGGGCUCUUAUUCGAUGUGCGGCAAAGAUUUGCCAGCUGUCGUUGAUACUACCACCUAUGGUCAUGAUGCUGCUACUGCUCAAACUCCUAAUUAUGGCACACGACCUAGAGCCGGUUCUUAUUCGGUAUGUGGCAAAGAUGAGCCAGCUAUAAGGGAUACCCUGUAUGAUCCUUAUGCUGCUACUGCUGAAACUCCUUAUGGCAGACGAUCAAGUCGCGAUAGUGCUAAUGGCAGACGAGCAAGUCGUGACUAUGACUAUCGCCUGGGAGCGUACCCUUCAAGUACCGACACUCCUGAGUUUGGCACAAGAGCUAGAUCGGGCUCUUAUUCGAUGUGCGGCAAAGAUGAGCCAAGUAUAAGGGAUACUAUCCAUAAUCGUGAUGUUGAUACCAAUGAAUAUCGCCUGGCACCAUACCCGGACAGCGGGAGACGACCAAUACCUGGUGGUCACAUUUAUGAUUACCAUGAACCUGAAGGUUCCAGCUCCUACACAGAAAGCCGAGGAGACCAUUCAUCCAUGAUGGAUACAUCCUCUGAUCGUCCUCGUGCUGUGGCGACCGAGUCAUAUCGUAUCGGAUCCGACUCGCCAGGCAGCAGAGAACGACCAGCGGAAGAUGCCGCCGCCACUGCGUCACCCUCUGGCAGUGGGCAUCUAAUAGCUUCGUCAAGUAGUACUCGAGGCAGAUCUCAAGGAACAAUGCAAAGCGGUGAUGAGUAUGUGGAAGUACGUGUUGAUCGACGCGCAGAAAUACAACUCGAGCCGGCGUUCUGCCUGUCAGGGGCGGGACUGAGCGAAGUCGCAGAGAAUGAAGACGGUUUCGUCUUCUCUGUUACACCACCACCGAUGCCAUCGUCGUCUGAACGCUCAUUCUUCAGUCGAAUUUUCAAGAGUUCGUCAAAGAAAUCCAAGAAACAAAAGAAAACCGACAAAGGGGUACGAGAGGCAGAUUCGAGCGAAUCAUCCGGCGACUCAGAAGAUGAGAAAAAUCAAGUACACAUCAUGCCCGUUGAGGUUGGAGAUACCGAAGUGCUGACUGUUGACGAGAUCGUCUUUCUCUCUGAGGAUCUGAUGGGAAAUUUUCUGGAAAAGUCGUAUGAGGACGGGUUCAAAGAGUCAGGUGGAAUGGGAGCUGUGCAUUAUCUUUCCCAAUUUUCAUAA